AACUUGUGGCCACAGAAGUAGCACAUAAGCAUGCGUUGGUGAGGAGGCUGCUAACCAACGAGCAGCGCGGAAAGUUAACAGCCAAUUGGAUAAUUAAACCCUUUACAGACUUGCUCAAUUGGAGUUGAAGAGCGGAGCGUCAUGUUCGGAAUGAUCAAGAAUUCGCUCUUCGGAAACACCGAGGAGACAGAAUAUAAACUACUAAGCACAGAAACCAAGGAUGGAGUCAGCUUUGAGGUACGGCGCUAUGACGCCGCCAAAUACGCUGUUGUUUCUUCUGAGGGGCGCACUUACGACCAGGUGACCGGAGAGCUGGUGAGGAAGCUGCUCAUGUACAUCGGUGGAAGCAAUGAGCAAGGUGAGGCCAUGGGUACAGCAGCACCCACCAUCAUCACCGUCUACCCUCGGAAUGAUGGUGUUCUAUCCCGUCGUCUGGUGGUCGCCAUCCGAAUUCCAACUACGUACCAGCAAAGCCCCCCAACACCGACGGACAGUACUAUAAGGGUCGAGGAGCGGCCUGGCAUGACUGUUUAUACACUGCAAUUUGGAGGUUUCGCAGGUGAGAGUGAAUACCGAGCAGAGGCCUUGCGUUUGACACGCACCCUUGGCGAGACGGCCCCAUUCCAGCGCAAGCAAUACUUUUGUUGCAGUUACGACUCGCCGCUAAAACCUUACGGCCGCCGCAAUGAGGUGUGGUUUAUACAGGAAGAGCCGUAGGGACCUGAUUAGCAACUCUGACUUCUUGAUCCAACCACAUUGAUCUCUUCACUGAGGUGCCUGCAGCUCUAACUGAAGAGAACGGACAAUACUGUGAAUUUAACUUUUUCCUUUUCUUUUCUUUUUAUGAAACCCAUUGAUUACUAUGCUAAACAACAUAACUAGUAAUAUGUUUGUCAGUCGAAAAUGUACAUUUGACUGUGUAUUCUGUAUCUGUAUGAGUAUCAAAAGGGAAUAUCAUAGUCGGAGAAAUGUCUUAUUAUAAUUCAGUAGUCGGGGGACGCAGGGGGAUGGCACCCCCCACCCCGAAAUAAAAAAUCUUUGUUUAGAAAUGCUAUUCCCCUGUUCAAUCCCCCUGAUUUUUUUAUAAGUGUUGAAAAUGUAACUCAUUAUCAUAUUUAGCACUUUGAUGCACAAAAGAUGUUUUGUUUUUUUUCCCCUUGUUUUAUUUAUCUAUUUAUUAAACCUUUACAGGGUACUCAUUGAACUCAUUGGCUAAUGGCUACCACUGACGGGGCUAUACAUGUCCAAUCUAUUUGGACUGUGAGGGUCAAAUGAACAGUUUGCCCCUUCCAGUCAAAAUGGGAUGUAAGUCUGGCACCAUCAAUGUCACUAAAUGUGCAUGCAUGGUCAGUCUUCACGGUUUAAAUGAAUUGGAGGUGUAUCGGCAUCGAUGGCAUGCAAUGAGUUAAAUACUAUUUUAAAAAUUUGAGUAACUUUGCAGCAACUUUAGAGUGUUACUUGGGGCCGUAACCAGUGCGUAUUUCAGAAAUGUAGUUUUUAUUAACAUUGUAUUAAUUUAUGAUCUUCAUGUAUCAUUAUAAAGUAAAUAUAGAAAUAUAAUAAUGAUUAAUAAUUUUUAAAAAUAGAUAUAAUAAUAAUUUCGAAUUAAAUGGUUUGAUGCGGGAGCAAGACUACCUCUCCCGCGCAGCCAUCACCCCCUUCGCACCGCGCUGUCCACAGGGGCAUUUGGCCCCGCCAUUUAUUAUGUGUGUUUGCCCUCUACUCAAAUUGUUCAAACCAGUUGCUUAAUGUCAAGUCUUGGCUUCAAAGCAAGGGCAUAGGUUUGCAUAGGGACAGUAGGGACAUACCACUACCAACUUUUCAGAAUGCUCAAAUUGUCCCUACCAACUUUAAGCAACCUUACAUGCAUUAAUAAUGAGUUCAGUUAUACAGGUAAUUUAGAUGGUCUUUCCGUAUGUUGUAAGGAUAGAAUUGGCCCUACCAUUAUUAAGUGAAUUAUUUUCAUUAUGUUCAAACUUACAUUUACCCCUUUUCACUUGCUGAAUGGGCCGGUCCAUUUUUUCCCCCCUCAAUUGCACGUUUGAUUGGCUGAUGACUGAUGACUUGACCCACCCCUGGACACACAAGCACACUCACACAGCCUUGACAGAAAUACAUGUCGACAACAUGCAACCUCCUCCGCCCCCUUCGAAGACGAGGGAUAUUAGAAGUGUUUUGGUUUUUUUUCGGCCUUUUUUCGGUCAGCAGCAGCCAGUGUAAGUAAUUUAAAAAGACACCAGUGUUGUGGAAGUGGGAAACACACCACUAAUUUUGCUACUGUAAGUCCGACCUGCAUCAGAGUUAGCAUAACAUUAAACUGUGUAAACAUGAUAACCUGAAAAACUCGAGUAGGAAGCUGCUUAGAAGUGUCCUUCUGUUUGAUUUUUCUACUGCUAACAUUAUUUAAACUGUGAGAAAUGUAGUGAACUCUGUUGGAAACUAUAGAACCUUAUAUGUUGCUCACACAACACAACAUACACAACAUAAUCACAAUUAACUAUGUACAUACAUUAAAAAAGAAAAAAAUAAUAAAAAUUGGGGGAGGGAUGCCGCAAGCUACCGACACUAGUCGCGAUCGACUGGUCGAUCCUGAUCGACAUAAUGAGCACCCCUGAUUUAGCAUAUCAAUUAAUAACAUUCAUAUUCGUGAGAAAUGUAGCCCUCACCCCCAAUCACCCAAUCUGUUUGGUCUUAUUAAUGUCCCAUCCCGAGCAAAAAGUGUGUAUGCAGGUUAUGCUGAUAUAUCGUCCCUACCAAUGUUGAGACCAAACCUACGCCCUAGCUUCAAAGUCAUUGCUUGGCUACUAAUCAGAAAGCAAGAACAUGAAAAAGUUGAUAUGAAAAAUUUUUAAGAAUCUUGAGAUAUUGAGACUUGAAACUGAAAAUCCUAUAUUAUUAUAUUAAUAACUGUUCACCCUAAAGACCAACAUUAAAAGUAUUGUAGAAUAUUUAAAGCGGUUUUAUAUUCUGUAAUGUCUAACAUAAAAAAGGGAUACGUGUUAUGAUUUUGCAAUUUACAAUUUUCUUCGAUAAUGAACUGCACACACACAAUCAUAUACAAAAAUUAAUAUAAAAUGACCAAAUCCCCAAAUUUUUUUAAUACCUCGACUACUGAACAUAAUACAAAUCCACUGUCAUUAUAUUCCAUGUUUUACACACACAAAAAAUGCAUACCUAACCUCAAAUCAGCAUUGUAGCAUCUUUUGUUAAUCCCAAUUCAGAUAUACAGUGUAUCACAAAAUAUCACCCCACGCAUUUCUGCAGAUAUUUAAGUAUAUCUUUUCAUGGGACAACACUGACAAAAUGACACUUUGACACAAUGAAAAGUAGUCUGUGUUCAGCUUAUAUAUUUAAUUUAUUUUACCCUCAAAAUAUAGCCAUUAAUAUCUAAACCCUGGCAACAAAAGUGAGCAUGGGAACUACGUACAGCCCUAAAUUUCCAAAUGGAGUACUG